AUGGACAGUGUAGAGCAUAAGGUUACUGAGGAGAUGAAUGUGGGGCUAAAAAAGCCUUACACUGCUGAUGAAGUUGCUGCUACUUUACAACAAAUGCAUCCAACAAAGGCACUUGGACCGAAUGGUUCCAAAGAGGAUCAGAACUUUUACAUGGAGAGCUUGAAAAGAUAUUUUGACAACACUUGGCAAAACAAAAUGCAAAUAGAAAAGACUUUGAUUGAAUCAAUUCAAGCUAUCAACCAUGCACUGUCUUUGCAAAAAGUUUUUAAUGAUGUAAGGAAUUCUUCAUCUCUGGUGGUUGGAAGAACAUGUCGUUGGCAGCCACCUCCAAGUGGUUUUUUCAAGUUCAAUGUUGAUGGGGUUAUAUUUGCUGAUGUGAGGAAAGCAGGAGUGGGUAGGGUACUUCAAGAUGACAAAGGUAGAGUGGUGAUGGUUGCAAGCAAGUUGGAAGAUGAGGUUGAGGAUGUUGCCACCAUUGAACUGCUUACUUUAUUAAGAGGCUUACAACUAUGUAUUCCUCUUGGUCUUCAAAAACUUAGUAUAGAGAGUGAUUGCCUGCUCAUGGUUCAAGAAUUGCAAGUUGAUCAAGACUCUUAUUCAGCGAAUGGAAAUUUGAUUAAGGAAGCUGAGAGCUUGAUGCAACAUUUUCAAGAGAUAGAUAUAAAACAUGUUAAUCGUAUAGGAAAUGAGGUAGCACAUAGACUAGCUCGUUAUGCUUGGAAUGUUGUUGAUAUUCAUAUGUGGUGGGAGAAUGUUCCUACUUUUGUUGAUCAUGCUAUUUGGCAUGAUCAAAACAGUUUGUAUUGCUCUCUUGAUUAA